AUGGCUCACCAGCGAAACCAGUCCAUGGGCGACUCGCUCAAGUCGCCGCACUCGGUGAGCUUGAAAGUGCUGCGACUCUCGCGGCCCUCACUCGCAACGCAACACGCGCUGCCCAACGCGCAGGACCUAGGCAUCUCGCCCAAAGCCUCUCUCGCGUAUCCCUCAGGCGACGCCAACACAAACGACGCCUUCAUACUCAGCCCCGUGCUCAACCUCCCCGAGGCCUUCGGCAGCGCAUAUGUGGGCGAGACCUUCUCGUGUACGUUGUGCGCGAACAACGAGCUCGAUCCCGCGGAUGCGAGUCGGACUAUUUCAGGCGUGAGGAUACAGGGCGAUAUGCAGACGCCGUCGAAUCCUGCGGGGUCGCCGCUGGACCUCGCGGGCGCAGAGGGCGAGGAUGCAGCGGCGUCGCCGGGGCCGGGGGAGUCGCUGCAGCGUAUCUUGAGGUUUGAACUCAAGGAGGAGGGGAAUCAUGUUUUGGCUGUUACGGUCACGUAUACGGAGACGGUGCUGGGGGAGGGGAGGGCGGCGAGUGGGAGGGUGAGGACGUUUCGCAAGUUGUAUCAGUUUGUUGCGCAGCAGUUGUUGAGUGUUAGGACGAAGGCGGGGGAGUUGGGGGCUAGAGGGGGGGUGGAGAGGUGGUUGCUUGAGGCGCAGUUGGAGAACAUGGGGGAAGGGAGCGUGGCGUUGGAGGCAGUCAGCGUGACACCCAAGGCACCACUUCGCUCGACGUCUCUCAACUGGGAUAUGCAGUCGCCAGGACCACGCCCGGGCAAUGCUCCAAUACUAACACCGCACGAUGUCAUCCAAGUAGCGUUUCUUCUGGACCACCAGCCUGGCAGUGAAGAGGAAGACGAUGCUCCACCGGCAGACCGAAGGGUGCUGGGGCAGAUGCAGAUUCAAUGGCGAAGUGCGCUUGGUGACCGGGGUUCUCUGAGCACCGGGUGGCUGACUAGCCGGCGCUGA